CAAGCAACAACAACCUCGGAACCUUACCUCAUCUUCGUCCGCAGAAUACCGCCGAUCAUUGUUCUGUUUUCCGUAAUUUCCACCCACUCUAGGCGGUAAAUAGAGCGAAGCCAGGCAGCCCACCUCCACGCAAGGAUGGAGGCCGUUCCGCGGAUGCCGAUGAUCGGCUUCGAGCUGAAAAUCAGCCCAGAACCGACCAGUUUUGGUGCGCUGAAACAGUACAUCGCCGAGUACUAUCAGGAGGAUCCGGAAUCGUACUCCAAGGAGUGUUCCCUUCUCGAGCAGCUUCGUGGAAAUGCAGCUCGACCGACGCGUGAUGUGGAGGGCACGGCCACGAUCCGCCGGUACUACUGCCAACUACACUCGAUCCAGAACCGCUUCCUGCUCGGCGGACUGAGCGAGAACCAGCAAAUGUUGACCUUCAACUGGAAGGAUCUGUAUUCCGGAGCGACAGCCAGCAAGGCGAGCCUCAAGUUCGAGAUGGCCUGCGUGCUGCACAACUUUGCUGCCCUGCACACGCUGCUGGGCCGUGCCGAGAGUCGCUCCGAUCCCGAGGGCAUGAAGAAAGCAUGUACACACUUUCAGUGUGCCGCCUGGGCUUAUGGCCACGUGAAGGACAGCUUCAGCAGUCUCUCGCUCCAGGGAGAUCUAACGGCGGAACUGCUCAUCUUCAUGCACACGCUCUGCCUGGCCCAGGCACAGGAGUGCAUCAUGGAGAAGAGCCUGUGCGAUAACCGGAAGUCGGGCAUCAUCGCCAAGGUAACAGCGCAGAUCAUCAGCUACUACAAUUCGGCUUUGGCGGCGUUGCUAACGCAGGUUGGUGACGGUGGUCGUGUGCAGGACAUUGUCGGUAGCAAAACCUUCAAGGAAUGGCGUGGUUACGUGCGCUUCAAGAUAUCGUACCUGUCCUGUAUCUUGCUGCUGUACCAAGGCCAGCAGGCCGAGGAGCAGCAGAAGAUGGGCGAGCGUGUGGCGCUCUAUCAGGCUUCCUUCGAGAAGCUAGAAGAGGCCAGGAAGGAAGCGAAGGGUUUGGCCAACCAGCAGCAAGUAGACGAGGCACUGCAGUUCACGAUGGACGUCGUCGAAGCGAAGCGUAAGGCGGCCAAGAACGAGAACGAAUUCAUCUAUCACGAGGAAGUGCCGGAACUGAGUGCGAUUUCCGCUGUGCAGGGCGCUAAUCUGGUCAAUGGCAUCGCCUUCAAUGUGACCGAUCCGGAGUCCAUGGGAGAAGACAUAUUCCAUCGUCUCGUUCCCAUGAAAGCACACGAAAGCAGCUCACUUUACAGUGAAGAGAAGGCAACGAUCCUUCGUACGAUCGGUGCGAGGGUUGAAGACCGAAAUACGGAGCUGCAGACAUUCAUGAGUUCGCUCAAUUUAUCCGGAUUGCGACAGCUGGAAGUAUCAGGUGCACCGAAUGAUACACGGUUACCACAAGGACUGGUUGAUCGUUGUGCGGAACUGCAGGCCAAACCGAACGCCAUUCCCGAUUUGGUGCAAUCGAUGGCCGUGCUUGCGGACACAUGCUCCGAGGUUGAGCUUACGCUGAAGGAGAUCAAGAAUCUGCUGCGUGCCGAUGAAGCCAAGGAGGAUCGGUAUCAGCAGAAGAUCGGUCAACGAUCGAACGGUGGUGCACAUAUCGUCGAGCUGGGACGCGAGCUGGCCAAAUAUCAGGAGGCUCACAAUAAGGCAGGUGAAAGCAAUGAUACUCUACGGAAGGCGAUGGGUUUACACGUUCAAAACCUGAAGAUCCUCGCCCAGCCGCUGCCAGAUAUCCGUGCCCAGAUACCGGUUUGUACGGAACACUACGAUGAGACAUUGUUCCGCGAGCUGAACGGGAUGCUGGCGAAGGUGGAGGAGAUGCGCAACCAGCGUGAGAAGCUUUAUCAAGAUCUGCGCCACCAAAUCACGGAGGAUGACAUCACCUCACAGCUGAUCGCACUCGAUGGUGUUGGUUCCGAGCAGCAAAAGGCAAAAAUGGAAGAACUCUUCAGAAAGGAGCUGGCGAAGCACGAUCAGCUGGUGGGAUUACUGGAGCAGAACAUGAAAGCACAGCCGAACAUACUAAAGGCAAUGACCGAGGCGUACGCUCGCUGUGCACCUUCGCUAAAGGGCUUUUCCGAUACGAAAACACGUCGCGAUCAGUUCUUCUCCUCGCUGCAAGCUUCAUACGAUGUGUAUCAAGAUCUUCUUUCGAAGAGUGCUAAAGGGCUCGAGUUCUAUCGCAAACUGCAAAGCAAUGUCCAGAAGCUGUAUUCGCGUGUGAAGGCCGCUUGUGAUGUGCAGAACGAGGAGCGCAAUCAGAAGCUCAAAUCGAGCAACGUAUCCAAGCGAACGAACGAGAUCAAUGGAGGUGGAGUGGUGGUAGCGGGAGGCACAUCCACCACCACUACGACUUCCAGUGGUGGGACAAAGUUGAAGGACUAUCUGAAAGCCGGAACCAUUACGCUUGGCUCGAUAAAGGCUGCAGGAGUAGACAAACAUUUACCAUCCAUUCGCCCAGCACCGGUUGGUUCAGAAAGCUCGAGCACUGCAGGAGGUGGUGGUACCGGCAUAUCCGGUGGUUACUAUCAGGACUCAUACGGUGCAGGUUACAGUAACUACACACAGCAGCAGCAGCAGCAUCCUCAGCAAUCAUACGGUGGAAGUAGUGUACCCUCCGCUUCCACUGCAGCAGGCUUUGAUUAUUCGCAGUAUGCGGCUUCACAACAACAACCGCAGCAGCCGACGACAGGCUACGCUAAUCCUUUGUAUCAAAAUACCAACAAUGCCUACUAUUACCAACAGCAAUCACAGCAGCAGCAGCAACAACAACAACAGCAGCCCACUACCAACUACGAUUAUGGACAGUACGCGAACCCGGUAGCGCAGCAACCAUCGCCAGCUCCUUCAACCGCAUCAUCCUCGACGGACAUAAGCCAAACUCCGUCAUGGCCCCAGCUGUCGCAGCAAUUUUCCGCAAUGAAUCUCCAGCCAUCCACCCACAACACCGAACAACAAGCGACAUAUUAUGGAGUAGCUUCAGGAAGUGGAACCAACACCACUGGUGGAUACGGUGCUACAUCGGAUCAACAACAGCAGCAACAACCACAGUACCCUAAUCUUCAAUCUCAAAUGAAUGCCUAUAAUACGCUGACGCAACAGCAGUAUCCCGCUGCUUCAAAUCCGGUUGCCUAUGUCAACUAUCCACAGGUCUCCUCAAGCGAGUCAUUAACCUCCAUUCCACCGGUACAGGAUGCGUACGGGAAUUACAAUCAAACGCCAGCUCAUUAUCAGCAUCCUGCCACGGCACAAUACUACCAACAAUCGCAGCCACAACAACAACAACAACAGGGGCCUUAUCAAAGUGAACAAACAACGUCCUAUGGUUCCCAUCCAGGUUAUUCGUACAACUCGCAAACGGGAACCUACGAGUAUACGAGCGGUUUCCAGUACGAUUCAUCCAACGCUUCCGGUUCGUAUCAGAGCCAGUACUCCGGAGGUUCCCACCAGACACCGGCGGCAGUUGCCACACCGAACCAGUCCGUAACGUCAGUGGAUUCUUCCGCGCAGCAGUAUCAAAUUUCGGCCAGCCCAGCAAUCGCAGGACAAUCUUCGGGAAUCCAAGCAGGGUACACUGCAACCCAACAAACAACAGCAGCUGAUGCCUCCUCUUACUAUACUACGAAUACGAAUCCGACGGGCUACUACCAUCAAUCAUCAACCUAUACCACCAUCCAGUCGAAUCAAUAUUCCCAGCAACAAGUUGAUCCGGCACAACCUCAACCUAAUGCGGCAGCCAAUCACCACCAGCAGCAGCAACAACCGCAGCCGACAUAUGAUUCUGGCCACGUGACACACUACUCGCAUCACACGAACUCGUACGUAGAUAGCACCGGUUCUCAACAGCACCAACAACCACAGCAGCAACCAGCAGCAGCAACCACAACAACGAUAUCAUCCAGCUCAUCGCAGCAACCGACCGCGCAAGUUGCCUCACAACCGGUCAAACCUUCCAUCAGCAGCGGUAACAUCGAUCUGCUGUCGGGAAUUGACUUUUCUCCGGCGAACCUUCCUCCGAUUUCCGUUCCGAUCCUGCAACCGCAACCAUCGCUAACUCCGUCCAUGGUCAGUGGUAGUGUCAUCGAUGGGAACGAUGGUGUCGCGAGUGAGGUACUGACCCCAACGAAGGCAACAAAAUCCGUCAUACCAGAGACCUCGGCUGUGGUGCGAGAGGUAGUACAGGAACCAACCAGCAGCAGUACCGCAGUGCCGCUACCCAGCACCCAGGUGCCAUUCGGUGAUCGUAAGCCAAGCUUCGACAAUCUAUCGCUCUGUUCCGAUCUGAGCUCCAGUUUCGAUUGGGAUAGUGCUUCGGUCUGUGGUGCGACGGCCACUGUCACUGGUAGUGGCAGUGUGACCACUGCACUGGACAACGUGUUUCUGCGCCCGGUCAAACCGGACCCCUUCGAGGAUGCUACCACCGUCAAGUGGUUCCAUAAGGAAGUAGAACGGUUGGAAAAGUUCGUCGAAACAAUCAACGUGAAGACGCUGAACGGUACCACGCCUCUCGAUAGUAAAUGGAAGGAGCUACAGGAUUUACUGGUAAAGGAAGAAUCCAAGCGACAGGUUAGCGUGGCACGCCUAUUUCCGGAGAAGAAUCGAUCGAUCGACUGUGUCCCGUACGAUCACGCUCGUGUGCAGCUGUCAACGGACACGGAUAACUACAUCAACGCUGUUUACGUUAAGUUGAAAAUGGAUCCUAAAUUGGAUCUUGGCUUUGGAUGUCCAAACUUUGUGUUGGCGCAGACGCCGCUCCCGAACACAGUAAACGAUUUCUGGAAUAUGGUCUGGUCCCAGAAGGCCAACGUGAUCGUCUGUCUUCACACGGCAAAUGAGCUUCUAGAUCCUUUCUGGCCAACGGACACGGGGAAAGAGUUGAGCUACGGUGAUGUAUCGGUAACACUCGUGAAGCAAUUCGAUCUUACGCACUGUACCGAACGAACGCUGCGUAUCCAGAUGCUUGGCUCUGAUUAUUCCCUUACUGUGGCACUCCUGCAACCGAAGCUGUGGCCUAAAAACUCAGCCGAACAUAUGCUAGGUGUAGCCCAAAAUCUGAUCGACACCUAUCGGCAGUACAAUCAACCGUUAGAUCAAAAGACUGUCCAAUUACGUCCGCUGGUGCUGAACUGUUUGACCGGAACCGAUCGUUCCAGUUUGAUCACGAUCGCCAUCAUCACCAUUCUGGCUACGCAAACACGUAAACCGUUGUUGAUAAAUGUAAUCGACAUAUGGUACCGGAUUUGUUGCCAGCGGAAGGGCGCACUGCGUGAUCCGAACUUCAUUCAGUUUUCCUAUCAGAUCGUACUGAGCCAUGGUCACAGCAUUCUGAACAAACGUGGCAUAUUGACGUCGUAUCAAAUGAAAUCAGCCCAAGCGGUGAGCAGUACAGUGAAGGAGGAGACCAACAACGAUCCAUUCAAAGAUCUCGAUCCACUGUGGAAGCUAAAAGGAUGAUAGGCAGCAACGUGAUCGAGAACCUGCGUAUGCUUUAGGAGGAAAUGCAUGCCAAAUUAUUGUUACGUUUGCGUCUCUAAAUUAAGCAGCAUUUCGUUAUCGUGUGUUGCACCAUGCAGCAGCAGCAUUAGCACUAUGCUCACGGUUAAUUCAUUUUACUCCACUGACAACCGCGAGACAACAGGCGACAUUAUAUUCCAAUAAUCUAAUCUAUUGUGUAGCAGGAAUGCAUAUAUAUUUAUUUAUAUUCCCCAUUUAACCGGCUGUUGAGCGCAAAAAUAUAACAGAAUAAAGGUUCUGCAUGUUUGGUCCAGGUGCAGAGCUGGAACGUUGGAAACA